CGAUACACAAAGUUUUAGAAAUAUUGUAUUGCCAGCUGUGUUUACAUUAAGUCUUUAUACUUUAUUUGUAUAAUUGGUUGGCAAAAAUAAUAAGAUGUUAAAGCUUCGUUGAAGAUAUUGCUCGAAAAUUAAAAAAAACAUAUGACUUGGAGAACAGUAGUAAAAUAUUUGUUGACGGUUCCUGUCGAAUUUAUUCAUUUUUUUAAAGGUUAAAUGAGUAUAGCGCUUAAGCCGAAAGUGAUCAAGUUAAAGAGAGUUUCUUGGAUUUACGAAAAAAGCACUUGAAAAGGGUAUUUAUUUUUCAUUAAAUUUCGAACAAGGUAAUAGAAAAGGUUGUCUUUUUUCUAAAAAGACACAAGACUGAUUUUUUUAAAAAGAACUUUUUGAACUUUUAAGCCUGAUGUUUAAUAACUCUUGGUCUUUUCCUUUAAGAUCCCACAACUUCAAGCAGCAAAACAUGGCAUUUGUAAAACGUCGUUUAAAUUCGAUAGUUAAAGCUGUUGCAGCUUUAACGGCGUUAUGUUUUAUCAUUGCUUGCAUGCCAAGAAAAAUCGAUAAUUCGAUAAGCGUUACCGAAAAUAUUGAAGAGCCUUUGAGGUUGUCUAAGAGAGAUGGACCUAUUCCAGCAGAACCUGUCGGAGUUAAAGCGGAUAAAUUGGAUAAUUCAAUUCAAGUUGGUCCUUUUGUUAAUGUUCCUCCAUUUGUGGAUAACAAAAAUAAGGACAUACCACGACUACCUACCGCCGAGAAACUCAUUAAGACUAAUCACCAUGAUGUUUAUAAAGAAUUCGAAUCGAUUCUUAACAAUAAAGAAGGAUUGUCACUUGAAGAUUGGAUUAUUAAAUUCAAAAAUCGUCAAGCAGAAGUGGCAAAAGCAGCAAUGCCAAAAGCAGCUGAUCAAAUAGUAAAUAAAAUAGUUGAUCAACAAGAAGAAACGGGUGUUCUAAUUCCCCCAAUUGUAUUUGAAGGUGUAAUGGAAGAACCAGUAACAGGUAUUCUACCUGAUUUUGUGGUUAUAAAUGAUGUUCAAGGUGAAAAAGACGAUCUAAUAGAAGGUGUUGUAAGUGCUCCUCUUGAUGAUGCUCCAGAUUAUAUAGUCAAGCCAAUAGAAGAUGUUCUAAGUCCACCAUUUAUAGUUAAUGAAGCUCCCGGUGAAAUGGGUAAACCAGUUUAUCUUUCAUCUUUUUUACCAGCUGAAAUACAAAAUUUAGUCGAUGAAGGUUGGAAGAAGAAUUCUUUUAAUCAAUAUGUCUCCGAUAUUAUUUCGCUGCAUCGUAGUCUUCCUGAUCUAAGAAAUCCAUGGUGUAAAGAACCCGGUCGGAUUUUGCCGAAUCUUCCUUCAACAGAUUUGAUUAUUUGCUUCCACAAUGAAGCCUGGUCAAUUCUAUUGCGUACAGUUCAUUCAAUAUUAGAUCGAUCUCCGGAAAAACUUAUUGGAAAUAUUAUACUUGUAGAUGACUUUUCAGAUAUGCCCCAUCUUAAGUUACCACUGGAAGAAUAUUUCAAGGCAUAUCCUAAAGUGAAAAUCGUAAGGACUCUUAAAAGAGAAGGUUUGAUUCGGGCGAGAUUACUUGGAGUACGGCAUUCAAAAUCUCCGGUGUUAACAUUCCUGGAUUCACAUUGUGAAUGUGCCGAAGGAUGGUUAGAACCCUUAUUGGAUCGCAUUGCAAGAAAUUCGCAAACUGUUGUAUGUCCAGUAAUAGACAGUAUCAAUGACACAACACUAGAAUAUACAUACCAAGGUGUAAGUCAUGUUGGUGGAUUCGAUUGGAAUUUACAAUUCAACUGGCAUACGACUCCGCUAAGAGAACAUAAUCGUCGUCAUAAUAACUCAGCUGCACCCGUUUAUACACCAACAAUGGCAGGUGGAAUGUUUGCAAUUGAUCGUAAUUUCUUCGAAUACCUUGGAACUUAUGAUCCAGGUUUUAAUAUUUGGGGAUCAGAGAAUUUGGAAUUGUCAUUCAAAACAUGGAUGUGUGGUGGAACUUUGGAGAUUAUACCAUGCUCACAUGUUGGGCAUUUAUUUCGUGAAAACUUUCCAUACAAUAUCGAAAAAAAUGUGUUAAGAAGGAAUUCUAUUCGUUUGGCUGAAGUUUGGAUGGAUGACUAUGCCAAAUAUUACUAUCAUAGAAUUGGUUUUGAGAAAAUUGAUUUUGGUGAUGUUUCAGGACGAAAAGAAUUGAGAAAACGUUUGGGAUGCAAAAGUUUUAAAUGGUACUUGGAAAACGUUUUUCCUGAACAAAAAACACUUUCGGAAUUUUUAUCUUAUGGAGAGAUCAGAAAUUUGGACUAUGGUAAUUAUUGUUUAGACACAUCAGUUACAACGGAAAAUAUUAUUGAUAUAGCUCCUUGUCAUAAAAGAGGCGACAAACAGUAUUUUACGAUGGAUAAAGAUGGUAUAAUAGAAGGAAGUGGACAAUGUUUGAAUUAUGAUGGAAUAGAUGUGAGAAUUUAUCCUUGCUGGGGACUGGUAGGAAAUCAUAUUUGGACUUAUCUAAUUGAUACAAAUCAAAUUCGACAUGUUGCAUUUCAAAAAUGCUUAACUAUCAAUCCUACACAAUACAAGGUCAUGAUGGAAGAAUGUGAUCCAGUUCGGAUUAGUCAGAAAUGGCAACUGGAAAAUUUGAAUCUAUCAAUAUUAUGAGAUAGAGAAUGAUCCAUAUGCACAAAAAUGCAGUCAUUUUCUAAGAGGGUAAAGUAAAAUCAAAAGUAUUAAAUCAUAAGCGGGCUUAGGAUUUAAUAUUUUUAGAAAAAGAUCACGAAGAUAGAAAUUAUUGUAAAAUCAAAAAAUUAAAAUUAAUUAA